AUGGUUGCUGUAAUCGCUAAUAUUGACAAGGUACAUAUUCGAUCUCCCGACGGAUAUGGAUGCAAUAAAGGUUUUGCUUUAUCCGUGGUCAAGGAGCUUGUAUCAAAAAGUCCUUGUGGAGCGAUUAAAGGUGCAUAUGGAGUUGGUAUUCCGAUGAGGUCCACGGUUAUGGUAAAGUUCAAGCGCGACUUGAACUUGGAUGAUUCUCCCUCGAAAACUCCCUUCCGUAACCAAAAGAACAACAGCAAAAGCAGAAAAUUUAUGGCAGCCUUAUCAUUUUAUCUGCUGUUUACUUGGAUAUUCCUACUUUCUCUCUUUCGUGCUAGGUUUGCUGAGGGACUAUGUCAUGCGGAUGAGCGCUCUGCCCUACUGGAAUUCAAGAGAAGCUUCAGAACCGACGUGAAAGAUUCGCGAUGCGUUAAUCCAAAGGUCCAUUCCUGGUCACUGGAUGGAAGUAGAGACUGUUGUUCGUGGGAUGGCGUCCAAUGUGAUGAGGUCACCGGCCGAGUGAUCGCCCUCGACCUCAGUAGCAGUUGUCUGACAGGCACCAUGAGUCCCAACACCACUCUCUUUCGACUCGUUCACCUGGAGUCGCUCGAUCUCGCUUCCAACGGCUUCAACUUCUCCUCAAUCCCUUAUGGCUUCGGCAAUCUUUCAAGGUUAAAACACCUUAAUCUCUCCCACUCGGACUUUUCCGGUGGAAUCCCUGAUGAUAUCUCGCAACUCUCUGAGCUAGUUUCUCUCGAUUUGUCCACUUCUUUGCUCGAGACACUUCAUUUGGCCAACAUGGGCAACCUUGUUCAUAAUUUGACGGGGCUAAAGGAACUUGAUCUUUCUGGCGUAAGCUUGUUGUCACCUAUCCCUCCUGUGCUAGCGAAUUUCUCAUCUUUGAGAUCGCUUAGGCUUCGAUAUUGUGGAUUGAAUGGAGACUUUCCGGUCAGCAUUUUUCAGUUGCCAAACUUGGAAGUCCUUCGCAUUUCUGGCAAUCCCAACCUUUCGGGUUUUUUCCCCAAACUGCAUUGGGGUGCUCCAUUGAAAUCGUUAAUCGCCUUGAGUUGCCAUUUCUCGGGGUCGCUUCCCUCUUCAAUGGGUAAUCUUUCUCAUCUCACUUCGCUGGACCUGUCAGGAAAUAACAUUAGUGGACAAAUCCCUGCUUCCUUUGCUAACCUCACCCGGCUCUCCAUUCUAAAGCUCGACAACAAUAACUUGAGUGGCGAUACUUUGGAGUGGGUGGUCAACUUGACCCAACUUACCGAGUUGCACAUUUCAGGUAAUCGGUUUAGCAGUGGAUUUCCAUCUUCAUUUGAGAACUUGAAGCAGUUGACUUGGUUGAGCCUUUCUUACAAUGACUUUCAUGGUGAUAUUCCGGGCACAUUGUGGAAUCUGAAGGAUCUUGAACAUCUUUCACUGGAGUCGCUUAAUCUUAAUGGCGUUCUCGAGGUAAAUGAUCUACUCAAACUCGAGAACUUGAGAAGCUUACGUUUGUCCUUCAACAAUAUAUCGUUCACGAAGUCAUUGGUCAAUGCCACGACAUCGAAGCUUGCCUACUUAUUCUUGAACUCAUGCAACUUGACCGAGUUCCCACAGUUUAUAGGCUACUCAAGCGAAUUGGAGUGGUUAGAUCUUUCCUACAACAGAAUCCGGGGGACCAUUCCUAGACGGAUGUGGAACAAUAGCAAAGAAUCUCUCCUGUAUAUAGAUCUUUCUCACAAUCUUUUAACUGGCUUCGAAAACAACCAGACCGAUCUUCCUUUGCCGAACUUGGCGUAUCUCGACGUUAGUUCUAACUUGCUAGAAGCAACCCUCCCUGUCCCACCUCCCUCGGUCAGGCUAUACAACAUCUCCAACAAUUUCCUAUAUGGGGAAGUUCCAACAUCCAUUUGUGAAGUGAGCUCCCUUGUCAUGGUCGAUUUGUCCAACAGUGCUCUGAGUGGCAUAGUUCCGCCUUGUUUGGGUAGCAUUGCCCCUUUGAUUUAUUUGAACCUCGCGAGAAAUAAAUUCAGCGGCAUGAUUCCUCACAUUUACCUCGAUGGUUGUGCAUUGAAGAUGAUCGACCUUAGAGAAAACCGACUAGGGGGGACUGUUCCAAGAUCUUUAGGAAAUUGCGGAAUGCUGGAGUACUUGAAUCUUGGUGGCAACGAAAUUGAUGAUACAUUCCCAAUUUGGCUGUCGGAAUUGGCCUACCUAAAAGUUAUUGGCUUGCAGUCCAAUAAGUUCCAUGGUCCCAUAGAAGGUCAUCUAAGCCAGCUUAACUUCACCAGUUUACAAAUCCUGGACCUUUCCAAAAACAGGUUCAAUGGUAAACUUCCUUCCAAGUUGUUACAAAGUUGCCGUGCCAUGAAGGUUAUCAUUGGUCAAGAUAAGUUGGCAUAUAUGAAUAUCCAUCAAUCAUUUAUUCUAUCUGUUGUUCCAAUUGAUAGAAGUACGACUUUUGCGAUGACAAUGAUGAAUAAGGGCACGGAAACGGAAUAUUUGAAGAUUCCAGGUAACCUUGUUGCAAUUGACCUCUCUAGUAACAAGUUUGAAGGUUUCAUUCCUGAACUCAUUGGAGAUCUGAAGUCACUUCAUAUGCUCAACCUUUCAAACAACUUCCUUACCGGUAGCAUCCCUCCUUCCUUGGCCAACCUAACAGUGCUCGAGUCACUGGAUCUUUCCUUGAACAAUCUUGCAGGAGAGAUUCCUCAACAACUAGCUAGCCUCACAUUUCUUGAGGUUUUCGAUGUCUCUCAAAAUCGACUGUCAGGACCAAUACCACAUGGAUCCCAGUUCAACACAUUCGAGAGUAGUUCAUUCGUGAUGAAUAAGGGGUUGUGUGGAAGUCCUCUACCAAACAAAUGCACAAAUGGUGAUAAUGCUCCACCACCACCAUCAUCUUUUGACAUAGAUACUAAAGAAGAGUCACGAUUCGACUUGGAUUGGAAAAUCGUGCUGACUGGCGCUGGAGUUGGGUUUUCAGUUGGUGCUGUGCUAGGAAACUUGAUCAUUGACGAGAAGAGUAGGUGGUUCUUGCACUACUCCAAGAGAAUGGCAAGAGAAUGUCAAAAGGUGAGGAAAGCUCUGUCAAAAAAGAAAAUAUGCAGCUAG